UAGAUCCAUAUGAAUAAAUACUGACCCAACCAGACAGUCACUGGCAGUCUUACUGGGUCCUCUAAAACCAUGCUCCACUUCAGCACCACACUCUUGCUCGCAGCAGCCUGUCUGCUUGUAAGCUCAGGUGUCUGUGCAGAGAAAGUUAUCACCUGUGGACCACAUGUCCACCGCCUGAGCUGUGAUUCUGGAGCGAUCAGUGUGCAGACUGCACUGUACGGACGAGCAGACACUAACACCUGCAGUGGAAAUAAAACUGAAGAGGAGGUUGCCAACACGCAGUGCUCUCUGCAGGGCGCUCUGGACACCAUCAAGACAAGGUGUGAUGGCAAGAAGGUGUGUGAACUAAGCUCAAGCAUCUUUACAACCGAUCCCUGCAGUGACACGUUUAAAUACCUGGAGACCACCUACACCUGCGUCCCAGCAACUCACCUCAUAACCUGUGAGCACUCCUUGGUACACAUGGAGUGUGCUGACGAGCAGGUUUUAGUUAUCUAUGGUGCUGAUUUUGGACGCCGCGACCCCACCACAUGCUCUUACAAGAAGCCUGCCUCAAAGAUUGAAAAUGUCAGCUGCUUCCACCCGACAGGCUUAGUUGCUGAGAGGUGUAAUGGGAAGACCAGCUGCACUAUGAGAGCAAGCAGCUCGGUGUUUGGAGACUCCUGUGAAGAUACCUACAAGUACCUGGAGGUGGCUUACACAUGUCAAAAUCCUGUGGCUGCUUAAAAGGAGGAAACGUACUGAAAUCACUGUACACAUUCACUGAAUAAACUGAAUGUUAUUAGAAAAA